GCGGUAGCCCGAAUCGGCAUACCCGGGAGAGGCGCGCGCACCGGCGGGGUAUCGAUCCUCUUUCGAUGCGGAGUCGACCUGCUGAGCACGGUCAGAGCACCGAGCGGAGUCCGUAAAUCGAGUGUUGGCGAGGUGUUGCAGCUGGUGUGCUUGCCUCGUCUAGGUCCUCUGAAAUGGCCAGUGUGGUUCCGCGAGUGACGUCCGUCGAGCUCAGCUAGUAGCGGUGGUCGCUGGUGGGACGGUGGGCGUGUGUCUUCAAGACGCCCGGACGCCGACACUCCGGGGCAUGACGGCCAAGUCCGGAGGAUUGUCGCCGAAGACAUGAGCAGCCCCACAUCGAGUUAGGAUGGUCCGGAGCGAGCAAGCGCUGGCGCUGCUGGCCACAGCCUUCCUGCUCUUCAUCAUGCCUCCAGGUUCGCAGCAGGGGCAGCACGAAAAGCGGCUACUAAACAACUUGUUGGGGCCCUAUAACGUCUUGGAGAGACCCGUAGCCAACGAGUCAGAACCUCUUGAAGUCAAGUUCGGCCUAACUUUGCAGCAAAUCAUUGAUGUGGACGAAAAGAAUCAGAUUCUCACGACAAACGCGUGGUUGAAUUUGGAAUGGAACGACUAUAAUCUCAAGUGGAACGAAUCAGAAUAUGGCGGGGUCAAAGACUUACGGAUUACUCCAAACAAGCUGUGGAAGCCUGAUGUUCUUAUGUAUAACAGUGCUGAUGAGGGUUUCGACGGGACUUUCCAAACAAACGUUGUGGUCAAACAUAACGGCAGCUGCUUGUACGUCCCUCCGGGUAUCUUCAAGAGCACAUGCAAGAUAGACAUUACGUGGUUCCCCUUUGAUGACCAACACUGUGACAUGAAGUUUGGUAGCUGGACCUAUGACGGCAACCAGCUCGACCUGGUCCUCAAUUCCGAAAAGGGAGGCGAUUUAUCAGACUUCAUUACAAACGGAGAAUGGUACUUGAUAGGAAUGCCCGGCAAGAAGAACACCAUCGUCUACCAAUGUUGCCCCGAGCCGUAUGUGGAUGUCACGUUCACCAUUAAGAUCCGGAGGCGAACGCUCUACUACUUUUUCAACCUCAUAGUUCCUUGCGUGCUCAUCUCCUCCAUGGCGCUACUGGGCUUCACGUUGCCACCGGAUUCCGGCGAGAAGCUCACAUUAGGUGUCACCAUACUUCUUUCAUUGACUGUAUUUCUCAACCUAGUAGCUGAAAAGAUACCAACCACGUCCGAUGCAGUUCCGUUGAUAGGAGUGACCAUCUUGCUCUCGUUGACUGUGUUCCUGAACCUCGUGGCAGAAACCUUGCCCCAAGUAUCUGACGCCAUUCCUUUGUUAGGGACCUAUUUCAACUGCAUCAUGUUCAUGGUAGCGUCAUCAGUGGUCUUGACCGUGGUGGUGCUAAAUUACCAUCACCGCACUGCAGAUAUCCACGAGAUGCCUCAGUGGAUCAAGACGGUAUUCUUGCAAUGGCUGCCGUGGAUGCUGGGGAUGAGUCGUCCGGGUAAGAAGAUAACCCGCAAGACGAUCCUGAUGAACAGUCGUAUGAAAGAGCUGGAGCUGAAGGAGCGCUCCUCGAAGAGCCUCCUCGCCAACGUGCUGGACAUCGACGACGACUUCCGCAACGUAUCGACCGGAGGGAACAACGCUUCCAUGACGACGAGCUUAGGCGGCACGUUCAUGCGCCAUCCGACCACCAUCGAGGAGGCGGCGGUCCCUAGCUCGGGCACGCAACGCGACCUUCAGAACAUUCUGCGAGAGCUCCAAUUCAUCACCAACCGCAUGAAGAAAGCCGACGAGGAGGCCGAAGUGAUAAGCGACUGGAAGUUCGCCGCAAUGGUGGUGGACCGAUUCUGCCUGAUCAUCUUCACCAUGUUCACGAUCAUCGCCACGGUGGCCGUGCUGCUUUCGGCGCCGCACAUAAUUGUGCAGUAGGCGCAGGGUGACUGACUUUGAACGUUUACUGUGAUACAAGCUUACAAAAAAAAGUUAGAAAGAAGCAACAAAAAGCAACAAAGCAACAAGCAGCGUAUCGUGUCGGCACAGCAGCGUGUGCGAACAGCGAACGUGCCUUCCUGUGGAACAUUUGAACUGACAACUAAAAGGCAGGCACCUAUGUGCAGGCGCCCGCGCAUUGCUGCUGCGGUUGCGGCUGGAGUCGCUCGCCCGAUUCCGGAGCGAGUCGAGCGAUUCGCUCGGAUUCGCUCGGAUGUUGAUCAUCGCGCGUCAGUUACCAGCAACUGGGCAGUUCGCACCCUCCACGCUAAUCACUCUAGAGCUAGACAGUACCACAGUACACAGUACUCACGCGCAAGUACGCAAGUAGUCAGUUGGUAGGGUACUCUUAGUUCGAGGUACACACGUGUCUGCCUUUUGUUCGCCCAUUGAUAUAAAUAAAAGGUGUCCACCUGCAUUAAAACAAUUGUGAUGAACUUCGCAAGUUAAUUAAUAAAGUAAUCUAAUGAUCAGUUAUAGAUUAAAUAGUAUAUAUAUAAAUGAGUCGUAACCGCGGGUAAGAUGCGCGAAGCGCACGUUUUUUACGGAAGGCGCCGUUUCGCCCGUAAGAAAUGUAAUCUAACUGUUUAUUUUUUUACUUUCUUGCGGCGAUUCGAAGCCUCUUAAGACGACGGACGCCGUGUGCGCGGCUCGUCCACCUCCUUGCUCACAGAUUAUUCGAAGAAAGAUGUCGUCUUCCUACUAUUGUUUAUUUUAUAAAAAGUGUUUUAAGAUCAUCGUAAUAAUGGCCGAGCGCACGUCGUCCUCAUUUUAUAUCAUGUACCAUUUUUAAUAUCAUAUUUAAUAAAACUUCGAAUUUUUAAUUACUAUGAUGCAAGUUUCUAUACCAGUUGUGGAUAAGCGGGUUACAAAAACCCGAUAAAUAAUAACAAUAAUAUUCUUUAAUUGAUGAUAAUAAUGAAUGAAUUAACAAUAGAAUUUAAUACGAUUUUAAUAAAAACGUUUCUUUGGGCAUUUUAUAAUUUGGACGAGUAGCAACAACAUAUCUGUCGAGACUACACCCGUAAUAAUCGGUCGCGUGCCGAAAACCGACCUCUUCCUUCUCUUCCGCUCCUCCUUCUCCUCUUUCUCUUCUUAUUCUUCAUCAUUUUUACCUCGAAUUCUCGACUCGAUCGAGGUCUCGGAAACGCCUCCACCGAACGAACCUACUCACUCGAUUCACUUUAUUCACUCCCUAUUCUUUCUCCAAACGUACCUCCUACUUACAAGACACGCACUGUUUCUGGAAUGAGAGAGACGAUCGAAUGAAGCGACCAGAUAGUCUUUAGUAUCCGCCAAUUGUCCAUUCUUACUUAGAUUAGUAUCGCAGAGAUGUGUAGCCGAUCUUUAGGAAUUACGAAAUAUACUAGCGUAAAAUGUUCUCCCACUUCCCGGCUUGUUUGAUUUCACGUUUACAUAAAUAAUAAUAUAACAAUUCAUGCUCAAAUUUCGAAUUUUUGUUCGCUAUAUAAUAUAUUUAUAUUCUGUUAUCCUGAUGCUGGAAUAAAUAGAUGAAAUAUGUCGAAUAAAUGUAUAUCGUAUGGUUGAAAUAAUAAACGCAGAAAAUUCAGUUUUAA